CAAUUCGUUCACUGUACUGACCUACAUUUUGGACCGCAACGUUCGAUGAUGUUUAAAUAUUUUUAUGCUCCACAAAUGUCGUCAAACAGAUUCCCUUUUUUAACGGAAAAUCCCAAAACAAUUCUCCAAGUGGCAAGUACACUACAUAUCCAGAAAUUCCCAAUCACACGUCAUCGAUCUCGACCAGAGUACUCCAGCGCAUGGUUAAAUUUGGUAUUCCAGUUCUGCUUUUCCUGUGCUCCUAGCAAAACCAGCUUUCUCAAGAUUCUCCUCCCUCUUGUCAAGUGUUUGGCUUCCACUUCAGCAGUAUUUAUAAAACACUUCAACCGAUCAAGCAUAUCCAUCACUCGCAAACCGAUUGUCUUCGGAGUUAAAUCAGUGUCGACAUCAGAAGCAAACAAAAAAAACACACCAUGAAACAGCAACAUCGAACAACAGCAAGCAUUGGGUUACUCUUGUGCUUAGUGAUUGGAUUGGCAGUGGGUGCACCUCAGCAGGCAGAUACGAUCGAGAAACAUGAUCACGAUGAAAUACGAACGAUCGUAACGGAUCUACUCGCCAGUGGCACAUACAUCAGCUUAGACGAGCAUCAGAUCCGUCUCAUCGAAGGCGUACUGUUUGAGAAAUUUCUUUUCGUCACUGAAGAUGGUUUUAUUAUCACCCUAAGCACUGAGAUAGUGAUUGAUAAAAACUACAAACCAAAGGUAGUUUCCUAUUUUGAUAUCAGGGAUGAUGACGCGCAGAAAGUUCUUCUGUCACUGUUGGGCGGAGGAAACAUUAAUACUUUAACCGUGAAAAAACUACGAUGACGCAACGCAUCGCAAUGCUUAGAGGCUCGCUUAUCUCUAAACUUUUCGAACCAAAUCAUAAUAAAGUAAUUAUAAUAAAUUCACCACAAGUCAACCACACA